AUGAGGAUUGAGCACUGCUCCUUCUGCGGGGCCCCAAUCUACCCGGGGCACGGGCAAAUGUUUGUGCGCAACGACUGUAAGGUAUUUCGCUUCUGUGCCUCGAAGUGUCGCAAAAACUUUGGGAUGAAACGCAACCCGAUGAAGCUCAAGUGGACCAAAACAUUCCGCAAGGCGAACGGUAAGGAGCUCGCGGUGGAUAGCACGAUGGACUUUGAGCAGCGUCGGCACGUCCCCGUCAAGUACAACCGCGAGCUGCUCCACGACACCCUCAAGGUGAUGAAGCGUGUGGAGAAGGUCAAACAGAAGCGCCAGGAGGCGCUGUGGAAUCGGCGCAUGGAGAGGGCGCGUCUGCAGGAGCGUCGCGACGCUGCUGUGGUCUUGAAGCACAACAUCGACUGGAUCGAGGAUAGCGAGGUGAAGCACAAGGCGCGCGAUGACCUGGUGGCGGUGCAGCAGGAGGUAGAGGCCAAGCGACAGCAGCGGCGUGAUGCUGCUCGCAAACGUGCGCAGAAGCGGCGGGGGAUGGAGCGCGCCGCGGGGGUCACGUCCGCUUCGUCCGUAAAGAAGUGA